UGGACAUAAUUUUCAAAUAUCAACAUAUUGACAUUGCUUUUUAUUUCUCCAAUUGUAUUAUUCCUUCUAGAUAUUGAAACUUCAACUGCAAUCAGGUUGAGAAACUAGAAUUUUUUUUAAUCAAUCUAAACAGUCCAUGAAGUAUCAUCCCACUCGUUAAUUCUUUUCGUGCUUUCUUCAGCACAAUGAUAUUCGUUUUGCAAUCCAAACAAGGAACAAAAUCAAUUCUUGGAACAAUCAUACUCCUGAUUUACUUAUUCUCAAACAUUACAACAGUUCAGUCCAGUUGCAGAAAUGGCUGUGAUUUAGCUCUAGCUUCCUUUUUCGUUUGGCGGGAAUCAGACCUCCCUAUAAUAUCCAAACUAUUUGGAAAUAUCCUGAUCAACGAUAUCCUUGACUGGAACACGAACAUCACAAACACGUUUAGCAUCCUAGCGGAAUCCAGAAUUAACAUUCCCUUCCGCUGUGAUUGCCUUAAUAAUGGCGAGUUUUUGGGACAUGUGUUUCCGUAUAACGUUAGCUAUAAUGACACUUAUGAUCUCAUCGCGAUGAGGUACUAUUCCAAUUUGACAAAUAAGGAGUGGUUGACGAGAGUUACUAGUUAUCCGGAAGGUAAUAUCCCGGAUUAUAAUGUGACCUUGAAUGUGACAGUGAAUUGCUCCUGUGGGAAUAAAGAUGUGUCCAAGGAUUAUGGCUUGUUUAUAACGUAUCCGAUGAGGCCAGGGGAAAAUUUGGGAUUUAUUGGGUUGGUGACUAAUACUAGAUCGAGGCUGAUAGAAAAGUACAAUCCGAGGGUGAAUUUCAGUGCUGGCAGUGGGCUGCUUUACAUUCCAGGCAGAGAUAAACUCGGGAAUUAUCCACCUAUACCGAUCAGGUACUGUUCAUCAGGUAAAGUAAUUGCUGCAAUAGCAGUAGCUGCACUAGCUGGAGUUUCGUUAUUGGUAGGCAUCAUUUAUGUGGGAAUUUACAGAAAGAAGGAACAAAAGGUUGAAUCACACAUCCCAGCAUCUUCUGAACAACCCCAUCCACCUGGUCCUGCUAUCUUGGGCAUACAUGUGGACAAAUCUGUGGAGUUUUCAUACAAAGAACUUGCUGAGUCGACCAAUGACUUCAGCAUUUCAAAUAAGAUUGGAGAAGGUGGCUUUGGAACUGUCUAUUAUGUUGAGCUGAGAGGCAAGGUCUGCACAGUAAAGCGAAUGAAUAGGCAAGGAAGAAAAGAAUUUCUUGCUGAACUGAAAAUUUUGACGCGUGCUCAUCACCUGAACCUGGUGUCGUUGAUAGGGUAUUGUGUUGAGAGGUCGAUCUUCCUUGUAUAUGAAUUCAUUGAGAAUGGUAACCUAAACCAACAUCUUCGCGGGAAAGACGCGUUACCAUGGUCAACAAGGGUGCAAAUUGCACUGGAUUCAGCCCGAGGCCUUGAGUACAUACACGAGCACACUGUCCCCUUUUACAUCCAUCGUGAUAUUAAAUCAGCAAAUAUUCUGAUACACAAGAACUUUCACGCAAAGGUAUCUUUAAGGCCCCUAUUAUUUGGCUUAGCUAAACUUGUUGAAAGUGGAAAUCCAACUUUGCCUUCACGUCUUCUGGGUACAUUUGGAUACAUGCCACCAGAGUAUGGUCAUUCAGGAAUUAUCUCUCCUAAAGUAGAUGUCUACGCUUUUGGCGUUGUCCUUCAUGAGUUGAUAUCAUCCAAGGAAGCAAUAGUCAAGGAAGUUGGUACUGAUGAACCCAGAAGCCUUGUUGCUUUGUUUGAUGAAGCUCAUAAUCAUCCAAAUCAAAUUAACGUCAUUUCCAGGUUGAUAGACCCUAAACUCGGCGAUAACUACCCUCUCGAUUCAGUCUACAAGAUGGCACAGCUUGCUAAGGCUUGUCCAGAGAAAGGUCCUCAAAUGAGAACGGCUAUGAAAUCAGUAGUCGUUACACUUAUGGCGCUCUCAUCAUCCACAGAGGAUUGACAAAUUGAUAUACUGACUUUCACUCUAUGGAAAUUAAGAUCUAAAGGGAAGUUGCAAAGAAAAUAUCAUAUUGCAUAAUGUAAAGUCUUUAAAGGUGUUAGGCACAACAGAACCUCCUCAAGUUACAGACUUCUUUGAAAACAAGAGCUUGACUUCAACUUCUAGUAAAAUUACUUUUGCUAUAGAGAUCAGUACUGUCAGAAAAGCGUGCAAAAUGUCAUCAACUACUUAAGAAAGUACUUGUUAAUAAGACAGGUAGUUUUCAUAUUUUCCAACCACAUUACAAAUCCCAAGCAGCUGCAUCUUUUUUCCCUCCUGUCGCAUGCUGGUUAUAUCGUGGAGACUCGGAUCUUCAAGAUAAAUAACUACGUAUGUUAAACUGUAUUGUAUUGGAGUUUCAUGAUUUCAAUGUAUUUUUGUUUGUAUGCUAAGAAUGAGGUAUUCUUGAAUCUUGAUUUGGUACAUGACCCAAUGGAAUGUGCUUGCAUGAGUUAGAACAAGAAUUGAUCUCCACAGCCAGUGAAGUGGUGGUCUAUAAUAUCUCAUGGCAAAAACAGCCUUUGUAAAUGUUACAUAGAUAUGUCAAGGUAAAAAUUGAGUAACAGAUUGAACUUCUCAAUAAUGGUCUUAAAAAUAAAUUUACGAUAUUUUCCUUUGGUCAAAUUUGGAUUUUCAAACUAGAAGUCCCU